AUGGGUAGGAGUCAUCAUCUAGUUCUAGCUGUAUGGUUAGUACUCUUGCUUACAUCUUCUGUUAGUCAUACUUAUGGCUCGAGGCAGACUCAAAUUUUCAAGAUGAUCAAGCCCAAUUCUCAGAAUUCAUCACCAAGUACUUUUUCGGGGUUCUUGCCUAAGGGGAUGCCGAUCCCACCAUCUGGUCCUUCGAAGAGGCACAAUGGCAUCGGCUUACAAAGUUCAAAGUCGUUCCCUUGA